GCUACAUUUUCCACAGCCAGGUUAGCACAUACCACGGCCUUUGUUCAGUUGCGGUGCACUGAUUUAAAUGUAUGAAUACACAGUCACUGAUAAGUUUAACAUACAUGCUAUAUUGCUAUAGUCUUUGGAGGGAAAUAACACUUAACGUUUGCACGAAUUGAAACACGGAGUUACUUGUUGACCUUGUUGAGGAAGAAGCGUCAAACCGGAAGUGUGCGAAAUCUAGUAGAACAAUGGUCGGAAGUUGUAGACAGCGACACGGGGUUCAGCCCGACCAAUACGAAGUAGUUCUGGCAGACAGUUUAGUACUGCGUUUACUGCACUUCUGUGUAGCCGCGGUUUAGAGCCAUGAAGAUCACUACUUUCCUUGUUCUCACAGGCCUAUGUUAUGUCAAUGGAGGAAGCCAAGAGCCUAAAGAUGAGAUUUCCAGAGAUCCAGGGACAAUCCACUCUCCAGAAUAUCCUAACCAAUACCCUAAAGUGUCUCACUCCACUUGGAUCUGGUCUAGAGAGCGAGGUUUCUGGGGAGUACAGUUCACACAUGUAGACCUGAACUGUGAAACGGACCGGAUUAUCGUAUCUGACGGACGCGAUUACAUGUUUCAACCUAUAACAGUAUGUGAACAGCACACCAAGUUGUAUACGUCCGAUUCGUACCUGCGUAUCGAGUUUGAGUCCAACACUACACACCCACGUUCUGGAUUUGUCAUCACGGUCCGAUAUGGACUCACGAUAGAGGAUCUAGAUAAACAAUUUCUGUCUCUUGUGACACCACCGCCAAGACAAAAACACGACAGUGGAAAAAGUAACCACUUGAUCCCGAUCCUUCUCGCCGUGCUCGUCACCGUGGCCGUCGUCGCGACGUUGCUGUUCAUCGGCGUGUGGCUCAUCUCGCGGCGACGUCUUCAGCCACACCAGGCCAUCUCUCUCAGCGUCAACGUGCACGGCAUCAACAUUCGGCGAGGGUCCGGGAUCAGACACGCACGGAAAACAUCCAGCCAGAGCGACUCCGAGGACGUGACCCCGACCAACAGCAGUCAGCCAAUCAGGAGGUUGCCCAGUGAGAGUUCAAGGUCGUGGUCGGUGCGCGCGCACACCGAGGUCAGGGACGGUUACAUCUCGCCGAGUCACGCGAACGCGGGGAUGGAGUCUGAAGCUGCUGUUGACGUUGCCAGGACGACGAGUAGCGAAGAGGUUCACGCCGUGCCCAAUAUGUAUAUCCCUCUUGAAACACUGUUGAUAUCAACUCCCGAGGACAAGGGUGGUCCUAAAAGCCAGGCCCUGGUGGGGAGGGCUUACAAUCUCAAUUUAACAACGCCGAAGACGACAUCAGCGACAAGACCGUCACUCUCAGACGACGGGUAUAUGAAGAUGGAGUCGCAGUUUCAGAUGCGAUUUACUUGAGAUUACGUGCAAUUUUAUUGACACACUCGCGGGCAAUUGAGAUCUCACUACACAGUUCACUUCCGGGUGAGAGUUCAUUUACCACGAUCCACUAUAGUUCCUAAUUGUGACACAAGUUAUGGUUCACAUAUUCACUCCUAGGAAAUGGUGGAGAAUUAAAACAAUA